AUGGCCGAUACUCUUCAAAAACGCUGCUAUAGCACCUCCUCGCCGUGGGAAGCCCGAAUUGGGUACUGCCGUGCAGUGCGUCAAGGCCAGAAUAUCUACGUAUCUGGAACUACAGCAGCAGAUCCAAACUCUCCACCAGAAGCUCCACGAGUACAAUUUCCCGGAGAUGCGUUGAAGCAGGCAAGAGCGACUUUUGAAGAAAUUGUUCAAUCCAUUCAAGCUGUCGGAGGCAAAGGGGCUGAGAAUGUCGUACGGUGCCGCAUGUUCAUCACGAGAAAGGAGGAUUCAACUGCCGUUGGCGAAGCCUUUAAAGAAUAUUUGGGAAAGGGUCAGGGCGAAGGGUUUGGAGCAGUAGCUACUAUGGUUGUCGUUGCAGGUUUUGUUGAUGAUGAGAUGCUUGUGGAAAUUGAAGUCGAUGCCAUUGCGUAG